AUGCCCAUUGGUGCAGAUGUUAACACAACACUGGAUCUGUGUGGAAUGCAGCUGGAGUCUCUGAGGUAUUACCCUCACUGUUCACUUCUGCUCUCUCUCUCUAGUGUUGAGACUAUAAAUGAUGGCAGUUUUCAUGUAGUGGAGCUGGUGGCAAAGGAUCAGUCUCUGUCUCUGUCUAUUGAUGGAGGAAGCCCCAAAUCCAUCAACACUGCCAGCAGUCCCGAUCCAGGACCCAGCCCUGCUCCGCUUUAUCUUGGUGGAAUUCCUCAGCAGUCUGGAUUGGCCUCAUUGCGCCAGGGCUCCGGGAGGAACGGCUCUAGUUUCCACGGCUGUAUCCGAAACCUCUACAUUAACGACCAGCUCCAGGACCUCACCCAGUUCCUGCUGCAGGAGGGGGUGGUGCCCGGCUGCCAGCCCUGCCAGCGGAGUGUGUGCGCUCAUGGGCAAUGCCAUGCUACCGGACAAUCCUCCUUCAGCUGUGAGUGUGAGGCAGGAUGGACCGGCCCGCUGUGUGACCAGCAGAUCAGCAGCCCAUGUGACGGGAACAAGUGUAUCCACGGCUCCUGUCAGCCCAUAAACUCAUACUCGUACAGCUGUCGCUGUCAUCCAGGCUUUGCAGGUGUAUUAUGUGAUGAAGAGGAGCAGUUGAGUCCCUGUCAGUACAUAGCAUGUAAACACGGCCGCUGUCGCGUGUCUGGGCUGGGGAAAGCCUACUGUGAGUGCAACAGCGGCUACACGGGGCAAAGCUGUGAUAGAGCUGCUACUGAAAGCGGUAUGGACCCCACUCAGGUCCGCCAGAGAUGGCGUGUCGGGGGGAACGGGUCCGAGAUCACUAUCAGACGCAGCAGGGCUACGCAGCGUGCCAAAGCACAGAGAAGGUCUCCCGUUUAG